CACGUAUAGAAGCAACGUCAACUUCCUAACUUUUUAAUGCUACUCGUAACUUAUUCACUUAUGAAAAUUAAGUUUUUAUGGGUAUAAUUAAUAAUGUGGUCAUUUUUUAGCCGCGAUCCAGCCAAAGACUUUCAUUAUGAGAUAGGAGAAAAAGUCCCUGGUCUGGAAGAUAAAUCAAUAUGGACUUUACAUAGAGGAAAGAAAAAGGUUAGUCCCUGGCCCUGGCCCUAGGACUAGGCCCUAACACUAACACUAGCCGCUAGCCCUGGCCCUGGCCCUAGUCAUAGUAGUCCUGGAUCUAGUUACUCUAGUUAGUCCCUACUUUAAAUCUUUUUUUUUAAUUUUUACUUUCGGUUCAGGCACUUCAGUUAGUACUCUAAUUUCUAUCUACUUGGCUACUUCUACUUUUACUCAUUCGUGACACUCUACUAGUCCUAGUACUUAGUCAUAGUCAUAGUCAUAGUCACUGGCAGUACUACUGGCUACUGAGGCAGUCACUAAUAGAUGGUAGGGUAGGCCUACCCCACAUAAUUUUAAUGAGUAAUUAGUUAUUAACAGGCAGCGUCCACACGUCCGGCGACCAGACAAAUAGUUCGGGAGAUAUUCAUCUGGCAUGCAUGUCACUUCUUCUUUCUUCUUUAUUUUGAGGGCCCACGAUCAAUGAAUUGAUCAUUCUUGCUCCUAUGUUUUAGAGGGGUUCGUGAUGUUACUGUGCAUGGUUUUCAAGGGGAUACUUCACUGGUUGCAAGGGCUACUCAGCAGUGGUGUUACAAACUGGGGGUUGGAAUACAGGAGGCAAUAGACACAACUGUUGCUUUUGGAAUCUUGUUCCAGUCCCCUAUUGUCUUCGGCAGGAAUGAGGAGCUCCUGUACUUUGUUCUUGUUGUGGCCUCAUCGCCGUCUAGGUGAACGAGAUUCUGUUUGAUGCCGGUGCAGUGGACCAGCCAAUUUUUUAUCUCACGCUUUAUUUAACAUUGUCACUUUUUAACUGUUUGUUCAUUAUCAUUAUAUAUACCAGCAAAGGUUUUAGUAUUUCUUUUGCAGAAUUGAACAUAUUUCUUUUUCAUGUAAAUGUCCAGACUAUCUUGAAUUUGUUGAAAUGAACUACCGUAAACUCUGAUCGGCUUUUAGCGGUCACAUGACAAGGCUGGCGAACAAAUAUCUUGCAUAUGUAAUGGCCGGACGAAUAUCUUGAGAACUUAUUCAUCCGGUCGCUGGACAUGUAGACUCUUCCAACAUAACAAUAAUAGUAUGAUAAGUUAAGAAAGUAGAAAGGCUGAUUAAUUAUUAUAUGAAGUGAUUGCAUACACCGUAGUGGUGUACCGGUACCAAGCAAAACCAUGGACCUAGAUCUGCGUAACCUUUUAAAAAAAUUACCAUUGGCCUGCUCUUGAGAUAUAGCUGUUACUUAUGAUCAUUUGUCGACGUUUUUGGUCUUGUGGCUUGUGGUAGAGUAAACAGCUAAAGGAUAUCUUAUUUGGAGAUCAAUUCCUAGAUGCUGAUCAGUUUUUACUAGGCCUGAACAUUCUUUUUGUUCAUCUUAAUUAAAAUUAUAUUUUAUAAUAUUAUUUUGUUCAUUUUUAAAAACAGUAUUAUUUUUUUUUAAAUUUGUAACAAUUAAAGUAAAUUUUAUGUGUCGAUUAAAGUGUCUUAACGUGAACAAGAUGUGUAUGAUUUGGGUUUAUCUAUAUAUUACGUACACCUUGUGGAGGAGGCGAGUUGUUGAUUUUUUGUAUACUGGUUCAUGGGAGGGGGGGUGACAAAAAGUAUGUACAUUAAAUAAUUAUUUAUUCUGAAUUUCUUACACUCUACAAUAUCUCUAAUAAAGCCAACUUUCACUUAAAAUCUGUGAGAUCCAUGAUAGUUAUUGUUAAAAGUCUUUAAAAAAAUAACCCUCACAUUUUGACAUUUCUAGAUGGAAUUUAUCAUCCCACUGUUGCUUUGUGUUAAUUGUUAGCCUUGGAUAACUUCAAGUCCACCUAACAUGAAUCUGUGACGUAUUUGUGAUGUAAAUAUUUUGUUGGACUGAACCAAGCAGAUACAUUUGCAAAAAAAAGGUGUUGGGCCCAUGACACAGUUUUAAUACACUUACGACAGUGCUUCCCAAGCAUUUAUUCACCCCACAUUAUCCUCCCCCACACACACACACACAAAUUAGUGGGAAGAAGAAAAAGAGCUCUUCAUGCUACCGUAAGGAUAGAUAAUUUCAAAUUACCUGCCUUUUUUUAUCCUAUAAUUCACAAUUGCAGAAUAAAACUUACAUUAAGGGAAAAAUAUUGUGGCUGUGCGCCACUGAUAGGAAUAAGAGAGUAAACUUUCUUAGUGUAACUGCUGUGGGUAGACCCAAGCUGUGCGCCACUGAUAGGAAUAAGAGAGUAAACUUUCUUAGUGUAACUGCUGUGGGUAGACCCAGGCUGUGCGCCACUGAUAGGAAUAAGAGAGUAAACUUUCUUAGUGUAACUGCUGUGGGUAGACCCAGGCUGUGCGCCCACUGAUAGGAAUAAGAGAGUAAACUUUCUUAGUGUAACUGCUGUGGGUAGACCCAGGCAUGUACACACCCAUAGAAAUUUGAAAAACAGACAGCUGUGUAAUGGGCCUUAAAUUUUAUGUUUGUUUAUUUACACACAUGAAUGACCAUUCCCCCGGGUUGACUCAUGAUCAACUUGUUGAGCUGACGUCACGGUUUCACUGUGUGCGAUUUAUAUUUAUAAAAGUAAAUAAAGUGCUCUAAAAUUAAGUGUUCAUAAUGAAAUGUUUAUAUUUUAUAUCUUUUAUGUGUCAAAUUGCCCUUGGACAAAAGGCUAUAAGAUUUUACUAUUUCAUCCAUAACUUACUUAAUUGCAUAGCUCUAUAUAUAUUAUAUUAUAGUAUAUUAUUUUUUUUUUAAAUUGAUUUAAAGGCGUUAAAUUUAUAGAAUUUGUGAUAUAAAUUACACAAAUUUACCUUAUAAUAGAUUAGGUCUUUUAUUAAUCUUCUUGGUCCUAUAAUUUCUUUUAAAUAGGGAUCUGGGGAUCCAGUGUCCAUCUUUGCAUUUGAUGUCAAAGGUUCAAGUGAUGUUUUAAUCCAGACUGCAAAAACGUCUUUGAAAAGACUUAAAACCUUACGUCACCCCAACAUUUUGACAUUUCUAGAUGGAAUUGAGGUAUCUAAGUAUGGCUCAUAAAAAAAUAACUAAACUUAAGAGAUAGCACUUGGUUUUUCUUUGGGGUCUUAAAUUAUUGUAUGCAUGAAUUAAUUUUCUACAUUCUAACAUAAGAAUUCAUUUCUUUUAGACAGAUAAAGUGAUAUACUUAGCUACUGAGCCAGUUGUGCCUUUAGAAACUUACCUGCGAGAAAAUGACAGUGAUGGGCACAAUGAGAUUGCCAUUUCUUGGGGUCUCCACCAAAUUGUGGUUGGUAAAAUCUGUUUAUGAUGUUUUAUGCAAUUAUAGUUUGGAAACAGUUGUUUAAAGCCAUCAGUUAAUAUUAUAAUGUAAGUAUCAGUAUCAGUUAAUAUGUUCAUCCUUCAAAAUAACUUUGACAUUGUAACAAUACAGAUAAUUUUAAAUAUAUUUUUGCUCUUUUAUUGAUAACUCUACAAGGCUGAGAAGAAGAAUUCUGCAAAUUUUAAUUUUUUCUUGAAAUGACCUAGAAAACUCAAUCUUUAGCAUCUUGUCCUCUCCUCCCCUUCAGAAAGGUCUUGCUUUCUUGGUAAACGAUUGUAACUUGAUACACAACAAUGUGUGCAUGGCCUCUGUCUUCGUUGACCCAGCCGGAGAAUGGAAGCUUGGUGGAGUCGACUACAUGUAUCCGGCACAGGGACCCGACAGCGUACCUCCGGUUAAAAUCUUGCCACUGCUAGAAAGAUAUGACUCUCCUGAAAAGGCAGAGGGGAAAAAUGUCAAGGGAGAGAAAUGGUAAUCACUAUUUUUCAUGGUUCUGGUUUCCCUUAGUUCGGGCUCAUGGCUGGAUCAAUAAGAUUGAGUUGGCUCAUUGCUGUUGAGCUGUGGCAUGCAACCUUACCUCCUCUUUUGUUUUUGUUAUUGGCGUCACCAAUUAACUUGAUGACACGUGCUGCUAUGUAUCGUUCAUCUAACGAGCCAAAUUUUAAAACUACAGAUAACACAAAUUUCAGGUUUUCCCAUACUUUGUUUGGGUUAUUUUCCAUAUAACUGUAUGUUGCAAUAACACUAGUAACAUUUUAAGUGACUUUAAAUAAGAAUAAUUAAUCUUAUAUCUAGAUUAUUUAGUUUCUCCUUUCACUGUUUGAUUUAAUUUAUUAAUUUGUAUGUGUAUAAAAAAAAUAAGUUCGUAUUUUGCGACACAUUGGCUGUUUAUUUGCUAGUCAGUAAAAUUUAUACCAUUGAUUUAGGUCAGCAGACAUGUGGGGCUUAGGAUGUCUUAUAUGGGAAGUGUUUAAUGGGACUCUGCCUCGUACACCGGCCCUUAAAUCUCCAGGGAAGGUAAGUUUAAUAGAUUGUGAGAUUUCGGUUUUAUUUAAGUUGGCAGAUGCAAGAGAUAUUACCUAUGUUUCAGUGUCUAACUCUGGUGCAUUGGAGAUUCUUAUGCUUUUUAAAAUCUAGUUUUUAAUUUUUUAUUUAUUAAUUUCUUAUCUAUUCUUGUGCUUUCAAAUUAUUAUACAGCAAUGAAAGUGAAAAAGUAAAUCACAAUCUGGAUAGAGAAAUAAAAACACAUUUUUGGUUUUACAUUUUUUACAACUUUAGAUACCUCAGAGCUUGAUAGCCCAUUACUGUGAGCUUGUGGGUGCUAAUCCACGAUCCAGACCAAAUCCAGCAAAAUUUAUUGAGAACUGCAGACAAAAAGGUGGAUUUAUGCGUAACACGUUUGUGGAUUCAAUGAUGUUUCUAGAAGAAAUCCAGGUUUGUAUGGAUGAUUCUAGUAACUUUUUUCUUUUAAAUUACUACAGAAUUUACUUUUCUAAUAAGAAUAGUUUCACCAUUAUAUUUAUUUAUUUAUCAUAAAAAUGUAAUAAGAAAUAAAAAUAAAAUUCUUUACUUAUUUUUUUUUCAUUUUUAAUAAGAAAUUUAUUUUCGUUCAUUUGUUGUUAUUAUUACUAACGGCCUUUGAUUAAUAAUUUGGUUUAGGCAGAAAGAUUAAUCAGAGUUGUCAUUUUAUAAUUCCAGAUAAAAGACCAAGCAGAAAAGAAUAAGUUUUUUGCCAGCCUGACGCCGUCUCUUGACACAUUUCCACCACUUUUCUGUCGCAACAAAAUUCUUCCACAGCUGCUUCAUGCCUUCGAGUAUGGAAAUGCAGGAUCAUCAAUUUUAGCACCAAUGUUUAAAGUUGGUUUGAAAAUAAUCCACUCCUAGUUACAAGUAUUUAGGAACGAUUUCAUUACUGUGCUCUAAUGUAAUCAUUUUUUAGAUUAUUAGAAUUAUAAUGAUUGAUGGGUUUUUCUUUAAUUAAAUACGCCAUAAUCUAAACUUUAAUCAAACAUUCUUACAUGUUUAUUAGUCAAGGAUUAACAGAUUACAUAUGUUGACUUUUUUUUCUUCCAUUUUCCAGAUAGGCAAACAUUUAGAUGCAGAUGAAUACCAGAAAAAAAUAGUCCCAUGUGUUGUCAAAUUGUUUACCUCUCCAGACAGGGCAACAAGAGUCAAACUACUACAACAGGUUAGUUGUACAAAAUCUUUCCAGUUACUGGGUAUCAUAUUUCUAUCCCCGAAGUAACUCUUGUAAUAUGUUGCAUUUUGCACCUGUAGACAUAUCUGUCUGCUUUUUUUACCAAGCAAAUGGGAAUGGGUUGAAAUUUGUGUAUUUUUAUAUCUAUUUUGAAACACAGCCAGAGUACUGUGACCAUAAGUUGCAUAAUGAACAUAACACUGGAUCUCUAAAUUAUUGCUCACAUCUAUAAUGAACACAACACUGGAUCUCUAAAUUAUCUAUUAUCUAUACAAAAUGUAUUUAUUUGAAUGCGUCCAGGUUUUUUUUUUAAUCAACAAGUACAUUUUUAACAAUGGUCUUUGUUAUUGUUUGAUGAUGAUUUUAGAGGAAUCAUAUGUCAUUGUAACUCCUCUCUCUGUUUCCAAGUUAAAAAAUGAAAAGACUAAAUUGAAAUGGUUGAUUUUUAACUAUUUAAUUUUUUUAUAUUGCAUUUCAGAUUGAGUUUUUUGCCGAGCAUCUCCAAAGCAGUACAGUGAAUGAUCAAAUCUUUGUACAUGUCAACAGUGGUUUUAUGGACACGAAUCCUAUGGUUAGAGAGUGCACCAUCAAAGUAAGAAUAAUCUCAACUCUCUCUACCAAAGUUUUAUGUUUGAUAUGCUGACAGAAAGCUCACUAACCAAAUAAAAUAUAGCAUGCUGAUGCCGAGUGAAAAAAAAAAAUGAUAUUCAUGCAAAAAAAGCUGUAAUUUAAAUGUAUAUAUAUUGUAUAUAUAUAUAUCUAUAGACCAAUGAGAAAGUUACAGCUGCCAUAGAAAAAAACAAUGAAACAAUAUAAAACUAAAGUCAAUGUAAACAUUUUUUAGUCUGCCUAAAUUGUGUAAUAACUUGAAGGGUUCUUUAAAAAUAAAAAAAUAAAAAAUUUAGUUAGAAGUAAAAUCUUAAAUUUAAAAAAAUUAUUUACGAGAGACUUAGAAGAUAUUUAAAAUAUAGAAAUUUAGCUUGUUAUUCAGUAAAAGAGUGAUAGCUUGUAAUUCAGUAUAAAAAUUAUAGCUUGUAAUUCAGUAAAAGAGUGAUAGCUUGUAAUUCAGUAAUGAAAAUGAUAGAUUGUAAUUCAUUAAAAGAGUGAUAGCUUGUAAUUCAGUAUAAAAAUGAUAGCUUGUAAUUCAGUAUAAGAAUGAUAGCUUGUAAUUCUGUAUAAGAGUGAUAGCUUGUCAUUCAUUAUAAGAAUGAUAGCUUGUAAUUUUGUAUAAAAAUGAUAGCUUGCAAUUCAUUAUAAGAUUGAUAGCUUGUAAAUCAUUAUAAGUAUGAUAGCUUGUCAUUCAUUAUAAAAAUGAUAAGAUUGAUAGCUUGUCAUUCAUUAUAAAAAUGAUAGCUUGUAAUUCAAUAUGAAAAUGAUAGCUUGUAAUUCAUUAUAAGAAUGAUAGCUUGUUAUUUAAUAUGAAAAUGAUAGCUUGUAAUUUAGUAUAAAUUAUGAUAGCUUGUACUUCAGUAUAUAAAUAAUAGCUUGUACUUCAUUAUAAGAAUGAUAGCUUGUAAUUUAGUAUAUUAAUGAUCUACAUUUUGUUUAUUCUUUCUACAUUUUCUGCAUGAAAUUCUCAAAUGAUAAUAAUAAUAAAUAUGAACUUUUAAUGCCUCUUAAACAAGCUGCUAGAAAAGGAACUCACUCAAGUUUUGUUUACCGGUACCAAUAUAUCAAUUUUGUAGAUCUGUACCAAUAUCAGUUUUGUAGACCGGUACGAAUAUAUCAGAUUUGGAUACCAGUACCAAUAUAUCACUUUUGUAGACCGGUAUCAAUAUAUCAAUUCUGUAGACCGGUACCAAUAUAUCAAUUCUGUAUACCGGUACCAAUAUAUCAAUUCUGUAGACCGGUACCAAUAUAUCAUUUCUGUAGACCGGUACCAAUAUAUCAAUUCUGUAGACCGUUACCAAUAUAUCAUUUUUGUAUACCAGUGCCAAUAUAUCAAUUUUGUAUACCAGUACCAAUAUAUCAAUUUUUUAUACCAGUACCAAUAUAUCAAUUUCGUAUACCAGUACCAAUAUAUCAAUUGUGUAUACCAAAGGUCAAAACCUAUCAAUGCCUAAAGUCCAAAGCUAUAAUUGCCUUCUCUUUUAUGCAAUUGUUCAGGCCAUGCUUCAUUUAGCCCCCAAACUGAAUUACAAAAAUCUGAACGAGGAGCUGAUGAGACAGUUUGCAAGGCUACAGGCAAAAGACGACCAGGUGAGAGGAUGGGGCACAGGUCACCUAAUUCAUAGACAUAGACAUUUAAUCAUUGACAAUAGAUGACCAGGUGAGAGGAUGGGGAACAGGUCACCUGAUUCAUGAACAUAGACAUAUAACCAUUGACAAUAGAUGACCAGGUGAGAGGAUGUGGUACAGGUCACCCGAUUCACGAACAUUGACAUUUAAUCAUUGACAAUAUUGGGGACCCACUAACUGUCAAAAUGCUAAUAAAGUUAUGUAACAUUUUACAUUAAUUUACUUGGUAUUUCUCAAAAUUAUCCAUUGGUUUAAAUAUCAAUGUUGAAGGCCAGUAUAUAAAUGUUGUGCUGCUAGGAUUAAGAACAUCAUAGUUAUGCCACAGUUCCAAAGUUAUUCAAAAUUAAAACCAUUCAAGAAAAUCGUUAUUUAUUUGAAUAUUUUAGUAUCAAUGAAAUUAGUUGUAUGUAUCAAGAGUAUUAUAUUUGAAUGAACAGGGUGGCAUCAGGACAAACACAACGGUGUGUCUAGGAAAGAUUGCUUGCUACAUCAAUCCAUCAGUAAGUCAGUUAUAUAAAAGGCCGAAAUAGGUUUGUCAAAAUUAAUACUGUUAAUCAUUCUGACUUCUACCUCAUACAGCUUAAGACUUCUUAAUUUCUUAUUGUUAUAAUCAUACAAUAAUUUUGGGAUUUUUUUUUUUUUAUGAAUCCUAUGGAAACUAGCUGUCCAUAUCCUUCAGUGUCUUUACCUUUCAGUUAUCUAACGACUUAUUUCCCAGAUAAGACAGAAAAUUUUAUGUUCAGCAUUUGUGCGAGCCAUGAAGGAUCCAUUUCCUCCCGCAAGGCAAGCUGGUAUACUUGGCAUUGCCGCCACCCAGAAUUUUUACAACAUGUCUGAGGUGGCGUCACGAUUACUUCCAUCGCUCUGUCCCUUAAUCCGAGAUCCAGACAAGGGAGUCAGAGAUCAGGUAGCAAGAAAUAUUCAUAAAAAGUCAAUAGCCUUUAAAAUAUUUCUCUGUUAUCAAACCCCACACUUCAUAGCCUAUAAAAUAUUUCUCUGUUAUUUAACCCCCCAUUGUAGAAUCAUUCCAGAUUAAUGGUCCAGACAUUGGUCUCGCAACAGUUUUUGUUGUUAAAUCAAGAUAAAGAUAUUUGUUAUAUAUAUGUCAAUAGUUGUUCAAUUGACCCACAGACUUGGGUAUUUUUAAGACUACUGCUCUAAAUAAAAACACAGAUGGUCAGAUCAAGCUCAGAGUUCGUCAAUUAUUUUUUACUACCCCCUUUUUUUUUUUGUUCUGAGGGAAAGCAAAUAUUUUGAUUAUGAGAGAAAAUGUUGGCAUUUUUAUUUUUUAUAACAUUUAAAAGUAUUUUGAAAGUAUCAUUUCCAUCUCUUUCAGGCUUUCAAAACAAUAAAAGGUUUUCUGGCAAAGUUAGAAAAGGUUUCUGAGAAUCCAGAGCUAGAAGAGGAGUAUGGUACGUUUUGAAAAUUAUUCAAAUUAUAAUAACUAGAGCCAUAAUAAGAUUUUAAUCACAAUGUUAUGUUUAAACUGAAAAGAUAUCUGAUAAUUUCAAAGUGAUUAUUAUAUUUUGGGAUUCCAUAAUUCUAUUUUUUUAAAAUAAAUUGACAUGAACAGAUUAAAAAUACUUAUUUAUUUACUUAUUUUUUGGGUCCAAAGGUCAUAUAAACAAGGUAUUUUUUUUUACUGGGAUUAUUGACAAAGUUUUGAUGAAAUUUGUAUUGAUUGAAACUUGUGAUAAUUUUGAUUCUAAUCCGUAGAUAAAGAAGUGAUGUCAGGCACAGUGAGUGCAGCGUCUGCCUCAGGCUGGGCAGGAUGGGCUGUCACAGGAAUGACCUCCCUUACAUCAAAGAUCUACAGUAAAUCAGCCACUGCAAAAUCACAAGGGGAGACAGCGGGUAUGUUCCUUUAACAUGAGUCAUGGGAGGUAGGGAGGUAAAUAUCAAUAAUCCAACAGUCUGACGCUGAUACACUAACAGGGAAACCAAAUGUAUCCACUGAUAAGUCAAAUAAUGUGCUUAACUUUUAAGUCAAUUUAUUUGUGCCAAAAUCAUAACAUCAGUGUACUUUGCACAAUGAAUUUAAUUAAAGCUUUCAUUUAAUAAAGCUUUACAUUGCUGUCCACGCCUUUUUUGAGAUGUGUUUAAAUGCAAGGGGGGGGGGGGGGGGGGAAUAAUUAUGCUUUCCUCUCUUUAAACCAAUUUUAUACUAAAGAAUACCCUUAUACAUAGUUUAGCCAAGGGUAACCUGUUGAUAUUUUGGUCAAGUCUGUAUAUUAAAUUAGAGCAAGAGGAUGGUAAAAAAUAUAAUAUUUGUUAUGGAUUUUUAUUUGAGAACACCUUCUCUAAUAAUAGACCUUGCGUUCAGAUUGUUUAUGUUUAUUAUAUUAUCUAUAACUUUUUGAAGCCCCCAAGCCAGCCGCAGCAGCCAGUAAGCCUCCACAGGUCCCAGCCCACAAACCAAGCGCAGCCACCCCAACAGCCGCACCGCUUCGUACUUCACCAGUUAGUACUGUGGAUGACAAGGCAGAUGAUGAUAAGGACAGAGGAGCAGGGGAUGGAUGGGAGGAAGACGACUGGGGAGAUUUAGAUGUAAGAGGAUCAGUGUGUCAGAUUUAGAUGUAAGAGGAUCAGUGUGUCAGAUUUAGAUGUAAGAGGAUCAGUGUGUCAGAUUUAGAUGUAAGAGGAUCAGUGUGUCAGAUUUAGAUGUAAGAGGAUCAGUGUGUCAGAUUUAGAUGUAAGAGGAUCAGUGUGUCAGAUUUAGAUGUAAGAGGAUCAGUGUGUCAGAUUUAGAUGUAAGAGGAUCAGUGUGUCAGAUUUAGAUGUAAGAGGAUCAGUGUGUCAGAUUUAGAUGUAAGAGGAUCAGUGUGUCAGAUUUAGAUGUAAGAGGAUCAGUGUGUCAGAUUUAGAUGUAAGAGGAUCAGUGUGUCAGAUUUAGAUGUAAGAGGAUCAGUGUGUCAGAGUUAGAUGUAAGAGGAUCAGUGUGUCAGAUUUAGAUGUAAGAGGAUCAGUGUGUCAUAUUUAGAUGUAAGAGGAUCAGUGUGUGUGUUUAAUUCUCUAUUAUGAUUUAUUGUUGUGUGGUUUAUGUUAUCUGUUAAUUAAGUCAUUGCUCAGUUAUGUGGAACAUGUCAUUCUCACACAAAAGUACUGCCACAUGCAGUUAAAUCCCUUAUGAAAUUUUAUACAUUUACUGUCAGAAUGUAAAAAAUUACAUGUAAAACUAAUUUAGCGGCUACAAUUCAUAAAAUUGAAAAGUUUGAUCUGAACACUAGACACUGAAAAAAUUCUGGCACGUGUCAUAAAUUGCUACAUUCUUCUACUUCUUAGCCUCCUUGUGGAGUGUGGAAGCUUUGCAAUUUAUUUUAAUCCAUUUCCCUGUUGAGGUAUUCUUGAUUACCUUAUCUCACUUUUCACUUAUCUCUUUGUCAAGUGUUAUGCCGCUGUCCUUUUUUUCUGCUGCCCUUUGGACUUCAUGAGUCAGACUGCUCAGUAAUUUUUACUAAUAUCUGAUAUUGGCUUUCUUAUUGUGUCGUUGAAUUUUUUUUUGUUUUCCAUAAUUACUUUAGGAUUCUAGUGCUGUCAUCAACACAGAAGGAGAUACAGAGAAAGAAGCUGAUUGGGAUGAUGAUGAUAACUGGGGUAGUAUUGAGGACACUCAAGUGACCAAAGUUAGCAGUGUAAAAUUUCAAUUUUUUUUGUUGUAAAUGUUGUAAAUUUUAAAAUACCAGUAACUUAUAAUAAACAGUAUAAUAUUUUGUUAAUUUUAGACAUGAAGUGAAACCGUUGGGUCAUUUUACUUGUAAUUGUAAAGAAACUACCAGUGUCUAGAUUUGAAAGUUAUUCAAUUCCUGAAAUCAGUUUUGUAGCUAGUCUCUAGAGAUCAGUGAAUCAUGCUAUUGCUAUACGGUAUUAAAUAAUUUUAACUUAAGCAAACGUUUGGUUUUCUUUUUUCUCCAUUCAUUUUUUUUCUUCAAAGAAACCACAACCGGUUGAAGAGCCUGAUUUAUUGGCAAAGCUCAAGCCGAAACCAGAUGAAUUUGUCUCUACUCGACACACAGGUCUUCCCACAACUGAUUCUUAUGACUGGAGCGGGGGAGGAACCGAUGAUGACUUCUUCGUAUCAAUGGUGGUAACUGUAGUUUAGACUUAUUGAAUGAAAAAUGAAUGUAAUGUGCCACACUUAAGAAGCUACUUUUUUUUUUUUACUACCAGUAUGUGGCUUCCCUCCGGGCAUUAUAAAUGAAUUGGACCAACUUGUAAAAUGACAUCUAUGUCUCUCCUAUAAGAAUCAUAUAAAAAAUCAAUCAGUUAUGUUUAAUUUUUGUUUUAUCCUGACCUCAGGGUCCUGGGAAACAGCGCUCCAAGUCCAACACUCCAGUAAGAGAAACCACUCCGACCAGAACCAGCCCUGCCAGUCAGAAACCGUCGGAGCCAGCCUCAAAAUCUAAAACUUCUAGAGGUUUUUCAAAGCUAGAUGAUGGGGACCAGGGCGUCGGUCAAGGCAGUGCGAGCGGAUGGGAUGAUGGUGCUGGAUGGGGAGAGGACAAGUGGGAUAGCCUGGGAGGUAAAAAUCUGCUGCGACUUUAACGCUACCUUUCACAUAUUUAUUUGAUCUACUUGACACAUCCUUUCACACAUAAAUUUGUUCCACUCUAAUAAUUACUUGACGCAUCCUUUCACGUAAAUUUGAUCCACUCUAAUAAUUACUUGAUGCAUCCUUUCACAUAUUUAUUUAAUCCACUCUAUUAAAUUACUUGACGCAUCAUUUCACAUUUUUAUUUGAUCUACUUGACGCAUCCUUUCACAUAUUUAUUUGAUCUACUUGACGCAUCCUUUCACAUAUUUAUUUGAUCUUCUUGACGCAUCCUUUCACAUAUUUAUUUGAUCUUCUUGACGCAUCCUUUCACAUAUUUAUUUGAUUUACUUUAAUAGUUGCCUCACGCAUCCUUUCACAUUUUUUGUAUGUACUCUAAUAAUUGCUUGACAUAAAUUAAAAGAGCUCAAAGGGUAUUAAAUUCUUUAAAAGAAUUCUUGCGAUAUUUGAGGUCUUUAAACUUUUAACCAUAGUCUGCUCCAAGUAAGAGUUGCAACAGUGCUGGGAACAUAAUCAGGAGAAGGAACAAUUCUAGGGCAAUCGCCAAAAGUUUUUAGUUCCUUUUUUAACACAACGAAUAAACAGUCUAAAUUUGUAUUUUAUGUCUUAGAAGUUUUCCACUGUUGUUGAUUGAAUUGCUUCUCUAUUUGAUUUAAUAUAACUUUUUUUCUUUAAAAAAGAUACAGAGAGCAAGGAAUCCCAAGCAGAGCGAUUAAAGAGAGAUAAAGAGGAAAAGAAACGACAAAGACAAAAAGAGCUCCAGGAAAAAAGGGAGGCGAGAAAAGGCACUGGCGCAAUGAAACUAGGAGCUAAGAAAGUUGUUGACCUUGGUGACCUCUCUUGACACUAACGACAGGGCAAACUUACAUCUGUAGAAACCUGAGAUUUAUUUCUUAUUGCAUGAGGUGGUAGAUAUUCUUACAGCGAUAUGGUUUUCUUAUUCCUUCUCAUUUAUAGUUAUACCUCUCUUAGACAUUAAAAAAAAAAGGCACCAGCAGCUAUUAUUAAAUCUAAUUAGCAUCUAUUCCAUCGAAAAUGAUGGAGGAUAAAAAGUAGUUUAUAGUCUUGUUAAAUAAUUUGUUUUGGCAUGUGCUUGUGUUACCUUUGAAUUAGCACAUAUAAUAAUUUUGUUCAGUAAGAUUGUAAGGAUGUUUGGGAUUGAAAUGCAAUACUUUCUUUGAUUGAUUCUUCAGUUUUGAUUAAUUUAUUAUCACAAAUAUAAAUAAUAAGACAGAUUUAGCCUUUUGUACUUGUACUAGUUGUACCUAAUGUAAAACAAAAAUGGAAUUCUGUCUGUAUUUAAAUAUCAAGGCCAUUAUAUUCACUGCAGCCUACAAAUUAGGCGUUCAAUAUUUUUUAUGAGAUGCCCAGAAAAAAUAUGUAGUCCUGUGAAAAUAUUAUUGGCUCUAGCAACAAUGAUUUUGUAUUGUAGUUGUAGUUUCCCCAGUCAUCACUUGUCAAGCCUGUUAUAACCCAAGUAUAAAUCUGUUUAUUUAAAAUGUCUUUAGGUUUUAUCAUAAUUUGAGGAACAGUGUUAUGACUUAGACUGUUAUGCUUUAAACAGUCAAUUGUACACACAAAAAAAGAACAGAAACAGCAUUAUAUUAAUUCACCAGAUCAUUAUCUAUCAAUUUUUUUAAUUAAUGGAUGGAAAGAGCUAAAUGACAUAUACAAAAUGUUUUCAAAAUUAUGCCUUUAUAAGGUAUACUUGCAUGGUUUGCCAAUGGGUAUUUUUAGAACAAGUUCAUAAGGUCAGUUUCAACCAUUUUGGUUCUUUCAUAUUACUUCACUUAACUAUUUCCAAAAUAUACAUUAUGUCAUCAGGCUUUCACAAGGGUAAACAGACUUAGCAUAUCAUGCAUAACAAUAAGUUAUGAAAUAGAACAAACCCCAAAAAA